AUGAUUCCUCGCCUCGCAUCACGAGCGCCGAUGUUAUGCUCCCGCUACGGGACAGCAUCGGCGCGCACCCGCCCGCCGUGGGUGCCGCAGAGCCCCAGCCCGGCCUGGCAGUCGAUACGACUGCUCCGUACGACCGCCGCACCGCGACGACCGCAAGCACCUCCGCCCAAGGCCACAGCUACGAACACGAUAAAAUCCUCGACGACGACAGAGCCUAUAAAGCCGGCCACCAAAGACGCGGCCGCCGCAACCCCCGCGGCGAAGAUCAUUGACCCGCUCGCGACGCCGGAGAAGACGGUCACGGAGCAGCGCAAGGCAGACUGGGCCAUUAUGCGGGAAAUGUCUCGGUACCUCUGGCCCAAGGACAACAUGGGAACUAAGCUGCGCGUCAGCCUGGCCGUUGCGCUGCUCAUCGGUGCCAAGGUGCUCAACGUGCAGGUGCCGUUCUACUUCAAGAGCAUCGUCGACUCGAUGAACAUUGACGUGGCGGCCGUCGGCGGCACGGCGACGACAGUGGCGGGCGCCAUGAUCAUCGGCUACGGCGCCUCGCGCGUCGGCGCGACCGUCUUCCAGGAGCUACGCAACGCCGUCUUCGCCUCGGUCGCGCAAAAGGCGAUCCGGUCCGUCGCGCGCAACGUCUUUGACCACCUGCUGCGCCUGGACCUGGCCUUUCACCUGUCCAAGCAGACGGGCGGCCUGACGCGCGCCAUGGACCGCGGUACCAAGGGCAUCAGCUUCCUGCUGACGAGCAUGGUCUUUCACAUCCUGCCCACCGCGCUGGAAAUCAGCAUGGUGUGCGGCAUCCUGACGUGGCAGUACGGCGCCAAGUUUGCGGCCAUCACGGCGCUCACCAUGGUCGGGUACACGGCCUUUACGAUCUGGACGACGGCGUGGCGCACCAAGUUUCGUCGCCAGGCGAACGCGGCCGACAACAAAGCGUCCACGGUGGCCGUCGACUCGCUCAUCAACUACGAGGCGGUCAAGUACUUUAACAAUGAAAAGUUCGAGGUGGCUCGCUACGACAAGGCACUGAAGGAGUAUGAGAAGAGCUCCAUCAAGGUGGCUACUUCGCUCGCGUUUCUCAACAGUGGCCAGAACAUCAUCUUCUCUUCGGCCCUGACCGCAAUGAUGUACCUGGCCGCUGAUGGUGUCGCCAAGGGCAAGCUGACGGUUGGUGACCUGGUCAUGGUCAACCAGCUCGUGUUUCAGCUUUCCGUGCCGCUCAACUUCCUCGGCUCCGUAUACCGCGAGCUGCGACAAUCGCUCCUCGACAUGGAGACGCUGUUCAGCUUGCAAAAGGUCAACGUCGCCAUUACCGACAGGCCUGGCGCCAAGGAGCUGGCCUUGACCAAGGGCGGUGAAAUCAAAUUCGAAAAUGUCAACUUUGGCUACCACCCCGACCGGCUCAUCCUGCAGAACCUCAGCCUGACCAUCCCUGCUGGCAAAAAGGUGGCCAUUGUCGGACCUAGUGGCUGCGGCAAGUCGACGUUGCUGCGGCUGCUGUUCCGCUCCUACGACGCCCAGGGCGGCCGCAUCCUCAUCGACGAUCAGGACAUUCGCGAUGUGCAGGUCGACUCGCUGCGGCGCGCCAUCGGCGUCGUGCCCCAAGACACGCCGCUCUUCAACGACACCGUCGAGCACAACAUCCGGUACGGCUCCAUCGACGCCACGCACGAGCAGGUGGUGGCGGCCGCGCAGCGCGCGCGCAUCCACGACACGAUUGCCAAGUUCCCCGACGGCUACGACACCAAGGUGGGCGAGCGCGGGCUGAUGAUUUCGGGCGGCGAGAAGCAGCGCCUGGCCAUGAGCCGUCUGUUGCUCAAGGACCCGCCGCUGCUCUUCUUUGACGAGGCCACCAGCGCGCUGGACACGCACACGGAGCAGGCACUCAUGGUCAACAUCAACGGCAUCCUGCGCGAAAAGGACCGCACGAGCGUCUUUGUCGCGCAUAGGCUGCGCACCAUCUUUGACUCGGACCUGAUCAUCGUGCUCAAGGAGGGCCGGGUCGCCGAGAUGGGCACCCACCGCGAGCUGAUUGAUAGAGCUGGCGUCUACGCCGAGCUGUGGAGUGCGCAAGAAACUCUUUUCAACGAGGAUGGGACCGAUCGACUGGAAGCGACGGCGGAGAGCAACAAGGCUAAGAAGUGA